AUGGCAACAAUACCCGACAUCCUGGCGCACGCCGGCAGCCUUCGCCCAUCGGCGUACUGCCAGCUCUUCUACGUUCUCUCCGCCGCAGCCGUGUUCGCGAUCGCCGCGGCCCCGGAGUCGAUGCAGCGUCUGCUGACGCGGUACGGCGCGCGAAGCUCGAAGACGCCGGCAGAUGCUAAAGCUACGGGGAAAGGGGAAGAAGAACGGGCUGGCGAGGAAAAUGGGCUCCUGCUCGGCAUCGUCGACUGGGUGACGUCGGUGGGCAAGGUUCCGCAUUCCUGGUUCGCGCACUUCUACGUUCUUUCCCUGUGCUGCUCCCUCUUCUGGGCGGCUCAGUUUGCUACUCGCGGCGGAAUCCUGGAGGUGCUUGUUCGCAGCCAGGUGUCUGAUGAGCGGCAAUCGUCGAUGUCGGUGGAGCAGGUCAUUCUGGCAUGGGUUCUGAUGACUCUGCAAGGGGCUAGACGCCUGUACGAGCGCAAUCCAAUCCUCUGA